UCUAAUUACCUUUCAGCGCCUUUAAAUACUGAGCCCUUGAGCCUAUCUCACUUCACCGCUAUCCUUCAAUUAAAGAUGACAAUGCUUUUUCUCUUAUUGCUCCUUUUGUCAAUCCUUAUAUCCAUAGGUAAAAAGCACAAGAAACUCAGAAAUAUCCGUCAACCACCGGGUCCUCCAGGGCUCCCAUUCAUUGGGAACUUGCACCAAUUCGACAGUGAAAAGGCUCAUGAAUUCCUAAGCCAACUCUCCAAGAAAUAUGGCCCCCUCAUGUCAUUACAGCUUGGUUCAGUUCCAGUACUAGUUAUUUCUUCAGCAAGAAUGGCAAAACAGGCCCUGACAACCCAUGAUCUUGUGUUCUCCGGCCGGCCAGCUUCUGUUGGGCGGCAAAAGCUGUCAUACAAUCGAAGGGAUAUUGCAUUCUCACCUUACAGUGACUACUGGAGGGAAAUGAGGAAGAUUUGUGUCCUCCAACUCUUUAGCCUUAAAAGAGUACAAUCUUUUCGUCCCAUUCGUGAAGAUGAAAUUUCGAGCAUGAUUCAAAAGAUCGUAAAUCUCUCAUCUUCAUCACAACUAGUUGAUUUAAGGACCAUAAUAAUGUCCUUGACGAGCACUAUAAUAUGUAGAGUUGCCUUUGGAAAGAGGUACGAUGAGGAAGGGCACCAGAGAAAGCGAUUCGAUAAACUUUUACAAGAAUCCCAGGCCAUGAUUGGGGGUUUCUUCAUCUCAGAUUAUUUUCCUUCAUUCAGUUGGGUAGAUAAAUUUUCUGGGAUUAUUGAACGUCUUGAGAAGAAUUUCAAUGAGCUGGAUUUAUUCUACCAAGAGUUGAUACAGGAGCAUCUCAAUCCAAACAGACCACAAAGCAUGAAGGAUGAUUUGCUCGAUCUCUUAAUUCAGCUAAAAGAAGAACAAUCAUCAAUUAUAGGCCUAUCUUGGGAUCACAUAAAGGCAAUUCUCAUGGAUAUAUUUAUUGCUGGGACGGAUACAGCUGCAGCAGCAAUUAUUUGGGCAAUGACAGCCCUGAUGAAGAGCCCUUCUGCACUAAAGAAAAUACAAGCAGAAGUGAGAAAAUUGGUCAGAGAAAAAGGAAGAGUAGAUGAAGAAGAUAUUCAGGAGCUUCCUUAUCUAAAAGCAGUGAUAAAAGAAACUCUAAGAUUAUACCCUCCAGCUCCACUUCUAGGGCCAAGAGAAACUACACAAGAAUGCACAAUCGAAGGCUAUGAAAUUAAGUACAAAACAUUAGUUUUCAUUAAUGCAUGGACUAUUGGAAGAGAUCCUGAAUGUUGGAAAAGUCCAGAUGAUUUUAUGCCAGAAAGAUUUUUGAAUAGUAAUAUUGAUUUUCGUGGACAAGAUUUUGAAAUGAUCCCAUUUGGAGCUGGACGUAGGGGCUGCCCUGGAUUUUCUCUAGGACUCGCAACAGUGGAACUUGCACUGGCAAAUCUUCUGUAUCAUUUUGAUUGGAAAUUGCCUUUUGGGAUGAAAGCAGAAGACGUAGAUACUGAAGUUAUGCCGGGACUAACCAUGCACCCGAAAAAUGGUCUUUCCCUCUUUGCCAAGAAAUAUGGGUAAAAAUAAAUAGUGAUAUGGAAAAAUAAAUAACUAGCGCAACGGAUAUUCUGUCCUACACCCUGUGCCACUCUUUGUCCCACUUUUCAUUAUACUGCUAUUUCUCCUUCAUAAACAUCAUGUUUUAAUUCUUUUUUA